GGGCAUUCUGGACGUCGCAUGCUGUGUUCUGAACAAUCUGUUAGGCGCGAGACAAAAGCCCGUGACGGGUUGUGGAAGGAGGAAUCCGUGCGCCUGUUUCCGUGCGUUUCACAACGUCUGGUUUGGCACACAUGUGACCUCCACCAAAAAAAUAAAAUAAAAUAAAAAAAAAGAGAUAAUUAUUGUUAAGUUCUGUAAGAAAACUGUAGCUGAUGGAAAUAAGAAAGACAGAGACAGAGUGUGUGUGUCGCUGUGGAGAGUAUUGAUUCCGUGAGCGCACUCCAAUUGGCAGCCGCUCCUACUACACACCGCGCCGGCGCGUCAUCCUCGGCUCACAUCGACGGAGCGAGUUGUAAGCAAAUGAGAACAUGUGUGGCAUCUGAGAGAGUGAGAGGUGGGGGGGAAAAAGGCAAGAGGAGGUGUGAGAAAUUUUUAAUCUUCCUGACAACUGGAUUUGAUUGCCGGGCUCUUCUUCCCCUCUUCUUUCUUUAAAUUAUAUAUAAAUAUAUUUUUCCAGGCAGGGGACAAUGAUCGAUUCGUCACAUGCGCGUGCCUCUUCAUUAUAAUCGCAGACAGUUGGGAGCUGUUCAGGCUGAACGGACUUGAAUACGUCGCUGCCAGCGUAAUCCGCGCAGACUGGAAGAUUUAAUAAUUCACGGUAAUCACGCGUUAUCGCCUCAGUGGAUGCUCUCUACACAGCUCUGGUGAUUUUUCUUUCUUUUAUUAUUAAUAUUAUUAUUAUUAUUCCUGUUGUCUUCUGGAGGAUUUAUCGACGGCUGCUUUGCUCCUUAUCUGAAAUAUCAUCUGUUGCUGCAACUGGAUUGAGAAGCUCCCUCUCUCUCUCACACACACACGCGCGCGCGCGCACACACCACCUUCAUGACUGAUUUAGAGAUUUAGUCCAUUAUGGAUCGUUAAACAAGAAGAUUAUUUUCAACCAUCCCUCAAUCCAACUCUUGUUAAAAUGGACAAAAAACUGUUGUUACUUUUAUUACUCCUCUUAUCUCUGCACGUGCGGCUGUGAUUUGGCUUUCAUUCAUUAUGAUCCUCCUCUGCUGAAUUGGCUCUAUUGAUUCUGACUGAGCUUUUAAUAGGCACGUUACAAGGCAAAUUCCAGCGUGAGGUGAUACUGAGGACAGUUUUUUUUUCUAUAGCCCCUUUUUUUUGUUUUAACGUUUUUAUAAUAAUAAAAGAAUCAACUAAAGGAUAGAUGUUGAUGAUGGAGGACGACGAGCUGGACGCUCAUCAGGUUGAUUCGGAUUUCGAGCCGCAGAGCCGGCCUCGCUCGUGCACCUGGCCGCUGCCUUGCCCGGAGGAUUUCCACGAGGUGAGCGGGGGUCUUCCGCUGGCCAGCAUCAAGGUGGAACCGGAGGACGUGCCGGCGUGCCGAGCCGGGCUCGUGGGCGGAACGCCGGCGGAGCUGAAGCAUCCAGCCGGCGCCCUGGCGCCCACGGGCGCGACGCACCCACCGUGCUUGGCCGGCGCGGCGCUCGAUGUGACCGGCUCCCUGCGCAAAGCCAAGUCCUCGCGGCGGAACGCGUGGGGGAACCAGUCCUACGCGGAUCUCAUUACCCGGGCCAUCGAGAGCACCCCGGAAAAGAGGCUCACCCUGUCACAGAUUUACGACUGGAUGGUCCGCUACGUGCCCUAUUUCAAGGAUAAGGGCGACAGCAACAGCUCAGCUGGCUGGAAGAAUUCCAUCCGGCACAACCUUUCCCUCCACACACGGUUUAUUCGAGUUCAGAACGAGGGGACAGGGAAGAGUUCUUGGUGGAUGCUGAACCCAGAUGGUGGAAAGAUGGGUAAGGCCCCUCGGCGACGGGCAGUCUCCAUGGACAACAGCACUAAAUACCUGAAAAGCAAAGGCCGGAUCAGAGGCAAGAGGGUAGGCCGUCCUGGGAUUGGAGCAGGGUCUGCUGUAGUGGGCCUCCAAAGCUCUCCAGAUAAUAGUAGCCCAUCACAGAAAACUCUCCCAGGAUCUGGAGGUUCAUCAGGGACAGAUGGGGAGUUUGAUGCCUGGACAGAUCUCCAUUCCAGGGCUAGUUCAUCAGCCUCCACCUUGAGUGGGCGUCUGUCUCCAAUUCUUGCUGAGGGAGAGCCAGAAGAACCAGAGGAGGGUGGCUUGUCCUGUUCAACCUCCCCUCACCUUUACCCAUCACCAGCCAGUGCCCGCUCUCCAUCCAUAGGGGCAGGAAAUCACUGUCCACCUCUUGAGCAGCUGCCUCAGCUGGCUAACCUAACAGGUGCCAUAAGUUUGGAUGAGCAUAUGGUGGAAGAUGGUUAUCAUCUUCAUCGUCAGCAGCAGCAACAUCCAGCUGUUGGCAGACAUAAGCAUCAAACUGCUGUGUACCACUACAAUUCUGGAAUGAAAGGGCAGGGCUCCUAUGGUGCAGGCGUCUACAAUGCCACAGGCUUGGGUAUGCUACGUCACCACUCACCAAUGCAGACUAUUCAGGAGAACAAGCCAGCCAGUUUCUCUGGAACCACGCGGGCAUACUCCAGUACAAAUGCUCUUCAAAGUUUACUAACUGGUGGUUCUGCUUGUCAACAAUACUGCUCCAAAGACAUGAUUAUGGGACAGGAGAGGGAAGGUCAUCUUAUGAUUGGUCAAGCCCGUAAUGGAGUAGGAUCCAGCCUUCACAGCCAUCAACCUGUCCACCACAACGGACGUCAUAGCCAUAACAGAACUCACAAUCAUACCACUAGUCAUAAUCACAACAAUGUAACCAACCACAACUCACCUCACAGCCUCGCUCACAAUGGCCACAGCCUCAGCAGGAGCCAUACCCACACACCACCAAGAGUUGCAUCUCUGGCCCCACGUGGAAACAGCAAUCAGUUACAAACUUACAAUCACAAAGCUCCCUACUUGUACAGCCCCCCAUCCCACGCCCACCUCCCUGCUUCAACUACCCUUCCCCCAAACCCUGCAGGUAUGCUUGACAUGCCCCAGGACUCAUGUCAUGUGGCUUCUACCCCACACCCUCGUCACAAUCAUUACCCAGACUCUCAAAACCAGGGCAUAACUAAUGGACUGUACCACCACAGCCAGGGGAUGGGCAACAGUAGUGUUGGUAGCAACUACCACAGCUAUCACCAGCCUCACCUCCAUGAAAGACUACCAGCUGACCUUGACAUUGACAUGUUCCAUGGCAGUUUGGACUGUGAUGUGGAGUCUAUCCUCCUCCAUGAUAUCAUGGACUCUGGGGAGGAGAUGGACUUUAACUUUGAUUGCUCCCUUGCCCAGGGGGUGGGUAUUGGCAUGGGAAUGGGAAUGGGCGUGACUAUGGGCAUGGGAAUGAGUGGUCUGGCUGGUCCACAGCAAGCCCACAGCAACCAGAGUUGGGUACCUGGCUAAACAAACAGGAAAAAAAAACAUUCCUCUCUACUUUCAAACAGGACAACCAUACUCAUGAAGCACUGUGCGCAACUGUGACAUUCCUGACUUUAAACAAAGCCUAUAGGACCAACACCCCCCAUGUCUUUUUGUUGUCUUGACAGUUAUUCUGUCACCCCUCCUCUUUUGAUCCCCUUCUUACUGAGAAAUCUAGUUCAUGUCAGAUUAAGUUUUUUCUUGUAUCAGCUGUACUGUGAUGACAAUCUCUCAGCUGUGCUUGCCCAGCAUCGCUUCUCAUCUACCAUGAGAACUGAACUCUGAAUGCACUUUAUUGCAAGUGGGUCACAUCUCACGGUGCAAUGCCUUCACAGAGCAGCUCAGGCAGAGCUUGGCAGCUUGGCAUGUGUUAUAAGGUGGCUGCUGCAUUUGACUUGAAGAAAUAAGGAAGUCCUCUUGUAAAAUGUCAAAACAGAAAAUAAAUUAAAAUUGAUUACUUUUCAAUUAUCAGGGGUGCAUUUUAGUUGCUGAGUAAUUCACUGUUAUAACUGAACUGUAGACAUUUUACUAUUUUUUUUUAACCAGAUUUAAAAUAGAAAUGGACACAAGGGAGAUAUUUUGACACUAGGUACAUUGUAUCUGCUUAGUUGAAUUGAUCUCCAUUGUACCCAUUUACAUUUAAUAAAUACAUUACCUUCUUUAUUCGUUUAUAUCUGCCAGUGUUUAGUCCUUGGUGCUUUGACUUUUCUCUUUGAUGUAACAUUUUAUAAAUCCCCCUUUGCCAUUGAUUAGAGAAUAUUACCAUUAUCAUUAAAAUAAUGCUAUCAUUAGUGGCUAGCAUGUUAUUUGGAGAAUUAAAUUGUCAUAUCACCUUGUUUCACCUGGCCAACUUGUACCAGUCUGUCUCCCCAUCUCUCUGUCUGGUGGUGGAGACAAAGUGACCAUUCCUCACACCAAGCCAUUAAUGCUGCUUGAUUGAAAUUCAGCAUCUUGCUUUUAAUCUCCAAAGUGUUGCGGCAGCGUUGUGUCAUUAUUGGGACUCUUACCUUGUUGUCCUUUCUUUUUCACCCCUGCUGUCCCGACCAUUGCCUGUCUCUCCAAUGUAAUGCAACAAAGCACCGAGACAAAAUGGUGAUUAACUUCAAGUCACUCUGCCUGCUGUUCUGCUCUGAGAAGGGCCAAUGUCACCGUCAACUUGCCUGCUCAAAAAGGGUAAUAAAAAAAGCAAAAGAUGGAGACGAAGUAAAACUAUCUGUUGUUGCAGUGAGAUCAGUCAGCCUUUGUUUUCAUGCUCUUUGGAUGUGUAUGUAUGAAAAUUGGUAGUGUAUUCAUAUCGUAAAUCAUCUGCAUUAUCUGUGUUAUGUUUCCAUGUUUUCAGUACUUAAACCUUGGGCUUCAAGUAUUCAAACUGGUGCAAAGGGAGAGAUAUAGGUAGAAAACAAGCAGCCAGUCUAAGUGGCAUGAAUCUACAUCAACCAGGGUGAUAAUGCAACACAGUCAUCCACAUCUAGUUUACGUGUCUUUAUUCUGUUGUCUUGUAGUUGUUGUUGUUGUAUUGUUUAAAUUCAAAGGGCCAARGAGGACUGGACUGAGUAAGGAUUGAAUCCAUUGGUUAAAUGAUGUUGGACCAUAGUGCAGUAUGACCUUCCUGAGCUCCUACAGCGUGCAUCCCCUCCCAUAUGUGCUCUGCUCAGUUGUUUCUGUGUUUGUGAGUGGGGUAUGUGCAUCUUAUUUUUCACUGGCCUUGAGAGAGAGAGAGAGAGAGAGGGGCAAAAAAGAGGACACCUGUGUUCUCUACCUUCCUCAAGGAGACUUUCCACUCUUUGGUCACCACACAAAGAAAAAUGUGUGUGUGAGGGGAUGGCGUUGAGGGUGGACUGGGGGUUAUUUUUACAGCCAAAGGUCAAGCACGGCACAGACUAUCAGACCCAUUAUUGAGGUAAAUGUGUUUAUUUCAGGCCCUUUAGCUGCGCUGGUUCCGGUUAAUCUUAGUGGAAAAUGCGUGGAAUUUUAUAAGUACCCAGGCRUCACAAAGCGGUUAUGUUAUAGUCUAUGCGACAGACGUUUAGCAAUCCCUGCUACUGGAAAGAGAACUWUAUAUGAUGUCUAAUUUUCUUAUAUUUAUUUAUGAAAGAGAUUGGUCUUUGUCAUUCCUAAAUGUGAUAGUUGUUUGAAUCUAAUCUUGUUCRUUCUCUCUCUCUUGCUUUCUUUUUUUUAGAUAACUCUCACCCUUUGCCCAWUUUACUGACUUUAAUUUUGUAUAAAAUCUAUAUAUUAAAAAAUGUACAAUAGUUUUUAAAAAUCUCAAAAGAUUAUCAGUUUUGUUGUCAAUUUCUUUUUUAAGAGAAUGUAUCUGAUCAUCCGGUGACUGUUAAAUAAAUGAAAUUUAAACAUAAA